AUCACAUGGCUUUCUUACAAAAGAAGACAAGAAAUAGCCUAGCUGUUAGGAAUAGAAGAAAGCUUAACAAAAUUGUACCAGAUUUGGAUUUAAGCGAGUCGAUGAAUGGGUUCCUUCAGAAAGAAAAUGAUUCUAAGAAGAAAAGUUCCCAAUCACAUUAUGUUUCUAAUUCAAGAUCUGGGGUAUAUGCCGUGGAGAAUAAUACGGAGAUACAGAAGAUCAACCCCUCGCUUUAUAAGCAAGCAGGUGAAUUUAAGGAAAUUGAGAGACACUCGUUUAAUAAUUUCUCCAUCACUAUUAAGAGAGAGUUAGGCAAUCCUCCAUUGGAGCCUAUUCUGAAGGCAAAUCCAAGGAUGACUUUUUCUAAGAUUAGCCAGAAUCCUGAUGAAGAGGAUAAAGAUGUUGAUACAUGAAAUGAUAAAGCAAAGGCUUGAAUGGCAAAAAGUAUUGAAAAUAAGUAUUCGAACAUUUUCUUCAUCAUUCUGACACUGAUUGCCUUAUAUAUGGAUGACAUUCGCCAAGGUUUCACUGAAAAGAGUGCAGACCCUUUUAUUGACACUAUCAUGCUUGUAUGAUUCAUAUCUUUCUUAUUUGAAUUAGUGUUCACUAGUCUCACUAAAAGCGAUUACUUAUUCUCAUUUUUCUUUUGGCUAGAUCUUGCAGCUCUUUUAAGUCUUCUGUUUGAUAUUUACUAUUUACUGGAAGCUCUUGAGGUGACCUUCCAGUUACCAACAGACGCAACAGAUGUUGCUCGAGCUGGAAGAGCAGGCAGAGCUGGGACUCGAGUCGGUAGAUUACUCAAAAUAGUCCGAAUGAUUCGUGUUUUCAGAGUUGCUAAGCUCUAUAAAGAGACAAAACGUGCCCUUGAUGAAAACCGGAAAGUUUUGAAUAAAAAUAAGACAGAUGGGAAAGUCCACCCAAGUGCCGAUGUAGUUUCUCCAAUCAAGAAAAAAAUAAGAAUGAAAUAAAAGAGGAAAUAUUAUGAUCAACUCAGAGUCUCGAAAAAUUAGUUUCUUAAAGAAAAUUCAAGGUGUUAGGCAGAUUAUAAAAGACGAAAAUUUUGAAUCCUCUUCAGAAUCCGAAGAUCCUCAUAUUACUGAAAUGAAAUAAGAUGCCAAUGAGAAUGAGAACUCAAGUACUUUUCUCCGACAAAAGACAGGAUUUCCUGUCAAGAAUGAGACAAAAGAGAGCUUCUUAUGUGCACCAAACCAUUGAUGAAGCUUCAGAAUCUGAAUCUGUUGAUACAUUCACUAGUUCAAGUGAAUCAGAUCAAGAACUUGAUAAAAUUAGUGAAGAAGGAGAAAAUGGGUAUGGGUCUCGAGAUAAAGACUCUAAUAAGAAGAGUUCAAGCAAAAAGCGGUUGUUGAACAAAAGUUUGAAAAUGCCUAGAAAGGCUGAACCACAAAGAGCCAGGGCUAAGUCUUAUAUGGUAAAUCCUGGAGUUCAGCCUGAGGAGCAUAAUCCGAUUAUACAAAUGAUGAGAGGAGGAACUUUCUUAGAAAAUAAUCAAGCUGCAGGGGGCAAGAAUUCCCUCGUCCCAAAUUUCACGCCAAGAUUUCAAAAUCAAUUAUUUGGUUGCUCGAAUAAUGUUCAACCAGGGGAUAAAAAUAGCUUCAAAAGUGACUCAGAAUCGAAAGUAUCAGAGACAAGUGAGAGCAGCGACUCUAGUCAAGAAGAGAAAUCAUCUAGCGAAUUUGACAUUAAUAAAUCAGUGCACACAAGUGAGGAUCAUUCAAGUAAAAAUAUGGAAAACUUGAGUCAGCCUGAGAGCUCUCUUGUCCGAAGACCUGUCCGAGACUCAAAUAAUGAGGAUGAAAAAUAACAAUGAUAAAAGAAAGACUAGCGCCAGUACAAAGGAUAACAAGAAUUUGAACUACAAGACAAAUUACUUGGAAGAAGACAUGAACCGAGCUGGUAGUCCUGAUUCCGCAAUGAAGAACAAGAGGCUCUCUAUUGUCAGCAGUGCUCAGAGCCACACAAGUAAAAAUACAGAUAAAAACUUAAAAGAGGGAGGUGAUAAGAAGGAUGUGAUUCAGGAAUCUAAAGUUUCGAAGAAAUUUUCAGAACAAACUACUAAGAGAGUGGUAUUCUUGGUAUUAUUAGUAGUAAUGUCAGAAUAUAUCUUUCAGAUUUCUUCCUAUGUGAGCUCAGUUAAAUCCUAUGAGUACUCUCUAGACACCAUAAAUUCUUUGAAAGGAGUGACAGGAAUUACUUACAUGAUUGAUUUUAUUGAAAAGUACCAUAGGAAUAGCACUCCUUACAGAAUACUGGAAAUUAAGUAUGAAAGCGAUCGCAUGCUUGUUGGAGAAAAUAUGACAAGUUAUUAUAUUGGAGAAAGAAAAUACCUCGAGCAAGAAUCUGACAGAUUUUUGCAGACCGAUACAAAGAGCACAAUUAUCUUUGACUCUAUUUUAAGUUACCGCGAGCAGGAAUACGAAAUAGUAUCAGGAAAUGGAAUUGAGAUGUAUGUGCUAGUGAAAAACGAUCUCCAGUUUGAAGCUUAUUUGUCACUUUGAAAGACAACUUUUAUCUUGUUCAUUAUUAUGGUCAGCGCAUUGCUAAUUUCUAAAGAUGCUACGGCGCUUGUAUUGCAACCUCUUGAAACAAUUAUGCUUAAAGUGGCUGAAAUGGCUGAUGAUCCAUUUCAAAUCUUAAGAUUUUCAGAAAUUGAGGCCCAAGUCGAGAAGGAAGAAGGCAAGCGUAACAAAGUUGUAUAUGAAACUAUGAUUCUUGAUAGCGCAAUUACUAAAAUCGGAGCACUUCUCCUUCUUGGAUUCGGAGAAGCUGGUACUUCCCUCUUGAGUGACAUGAUUGGGAAGCAAGGUGAUAUUGAUACUCAAGCUGCAGGUAAAUAAAACUAUUGGUAUAUUUGGAUUUUGAGAUAUUCGGCAAUUUACUGAUACAACAGAGAUCCUUCAGGAAGAUGUCAUGGUCUUUGUUAACGAAAUCGCUCAAGUAAUUCAUGGAGAAGCUCAUGAGUUCCUUGGUGAUCCGAAUAAAAACAUUGGCGAUGCAUUCCUGUUAGUCUGGAAAUUCCCUGAAAAUGAAUUAUUUACAGGGCUGAAUGGGGAACUAUCUUUCAGCAAAGACUCAUAUUUGGUAAAUAAUUAUGCUGAAUCAUCCUUACUUUCGGUUCUAAAAAUAUUAAUGAGAAUGAAGAAAGAUAAGAGAGUUUCGAGCUAUGCAUCGAACCCUAAACUUGUUCAGAAAAUCCCUGAGUAUACUGUAAAACUAGGGUUUGGAUUACACACAGGUUGGUGAAUCGAAGGAGCGAUAGGGUCAUCUUUCAAGAUAGAUGCUACCUAUCUAUCUCAUCAUGUAAACUUUGCCUCUACUCUAGAGGAGAACACCAAAAUGUAUGGCGUUCCUCUAGCAAUUUCUCAAGAAUUCUACGAGAUUUGUUCUUCAAAAGCAAGAAAGUACUUUAGGCAAGUAGACUGAUACAGAGAUAAAGGUUCAAAAUAAGAUUCAAAAAGUCUACACUGUUGAUUGAGAGAUAGGUCUCAUAACUCCUGAUAAGGAAGUGACAAAUGGAAAGCAGAAUUACCAAAAGAAGAUAAACAGAAGAUUAGAGAACCUUGUUCAGACUAAGGAUCCUAACUUCAAAAUGAUAGUCCGGAUUCGUGAGGAUGAAGAGCUGGUAGGAAUUAUGCAAAAUGUUCCUAAAAAACUUAUUUCUUACUACAAGAAAAUGUAUGCGUAUUAUACAGAAGGAGAUUGGGAGAAGGCGAAGAAAGGUCUAAAUAAGAUAAUAAAACGCAAAGAAGACGGCCCUUCUAUGUUCCUCAUGAAGAUCAUGGAGGAAUUCAAGUUCAUACCUCCUCGAAAGUGGAAGGGAAUCAGGAAUACUUAG